AUGGUAAACGUAGUCAUAAUUAAUUUCAGUUGGGUCGAUAUUGCAUUUUGGCAUUUACUUUUCUGUGCUAUUUUGAUAGUCAUUAUGAUUUUGUGGAGACCUUCGCAAAACAAUCAGCGGUACGCUUUUACACCACUGCUUGAUGAUUCUGAGGAUGAGAAUGAAGAAGACGAACUCUUCAGUAGCAAUUUCCUCACAGCAUAUGAUGUCAAUCAACGUACAAAAUCGGAAGUAAGACUUGAAAAUGAAAAACAAAAGGAGGCUGAGGAACACGACAAAGAAAUAAAGGAAGAUCUAAAAUGGAUUGAUGUCAAUAUUCCAACGUCUGUCAUUGAUAAACUGCUAUUGGAUGAGGAUGAAGAAAGGACACAGAUUGAGCUCGAACGAUCAAAAAUGCUGUAA